AUGGCUAAUGAGUUUCCGAAGUCUCAUUUCACCGGCAUCGACCUAUCUCCGAUCAGUCCACGAGAACAAAAACCGGAGAACGCCUAUUUCCUAAAGCACAAUCUGUUGGAUGGUCUGCCGUAUAAUGACAACACCUUCGACUUCGUACACGUUAGAUAUCUCAUUUCAGCCUUCAGUGAAAAGGAAUGGAGGAUGAUAAUAAGGGAAUUCGUGAGGGUGACCAAAGUUGACGGAAUCAUUGAGAUCAUAGAAGACGAGAUAGAACCGAGGAACGAUGGACCCAUAUCAAGAUUAUUGUUUAGUGCACUUCUUUCGGAUCUCCGUUCCCGUGAUAUCGAUGUCACAGCGUACGGACAUAUGAUCGACAUGCUGAAGGCGACACAACAGCUUAAGGAGAUAAAAUCGGAGGAAAUGUUGGUCCCAUUUGGUAAAUGGGCUGGCAGGAUUGGAACUUUGUCGGCCGAAAAUACAGGUCAGAUAUUUCUCACGUUUAGAAACAAAUUUUCAUCUUCCUUGGGUCUCGAACGAGAGGAAUAUGAUAAGCUGGUCGAAGCGUGGUAUGAAGAAUUAAACGAAUAUAAACCGCACAAUAUUAGUUAUCGAUUUUGGGCACAGAAGAGGUGA